GCGGUUAUCGCCCGGGCCUCCACAGUGCAGCAGCGCGCACACGUCACCCGGUUGCCAUGGGAACCGCGGAGCGGAGCUGGCCCGACGGACAGCCAGCAAGAGCGAGGCCUGGAUAUGGAGCUCCCGGACCCUGUCCGUCAGAGGCUGGGAAACUUCAGCAGGGCCGUGUUCAGUGACUCCAACCGGACCGGGCCGGAGUACGGCGAGGGUCCUGAUAAUGAAAUGGUCUCCAGUUUGGAACUGCAGAUGUCACUUUAUUUUAACACUUACUUUUUCCCACUUUGGUGGGUAAGCAGUGUUACGAUGCUUCAGAUGAAGUAUUCAAUCCUGCCUGAUUACUACAAAUUCAUUGUAGUCACUGUUAUCAUCCUAAUAACCCUAAUUGAAGCUAUCCGAUUGUAUCUGGGCUACAUGGGUAACCUACAGGAGAAGGUUCCUGAGUUGGCUGGCUUUUGGCUUUUGAGCCUUCUUUUGCAGUUGCCGUUAAUUCUUUUCUUGCUCUUUAAUGAGGGCCUAACAAAUCUGCCCUUGGAAAAAGCAGUGCAUAUUAUCUUCACUAUGUUCCUUACUUUUCAAGUUGUUUCAGCAUUUCUUACCUUGAGAAAAAUGGUAAAUCAGUUGGCAACUCGUUUCCACCUUCAAGAUUUUGACCAGCUUUCUGCAAAUAGAAGAGAUACAAGAAGAAUGAGAUCCUGUGUAGAAGAGCUUUGACUCAGUGCUUUUUGGUGAAAAAUUUAAAAGAAUGUGCUAGAGUGCUAG